AUGCGCCAGGAGUCGCAACGAAAGCGCCGCUGCAACAACGACUCCACUUUCGAGCAGGCGGCCCUCCACGCUUUGCUUUACCCCCACCCCCAGCCUAUGCCCCCGGUAAACCAGGUGCCGUCAAGCACUCAAGGAAUCACCGGCAUAAUCGAGAAUCACCUACAACUACCCUCGGAAGAGCAGAGAGCAACCCUCAAGCGAAAGCAAGAACAUGAACUAGAUAAGGAUCGCUCGGCGAUGACUCUGGCUGUGAAGCCCCCGCCGAAGCCGGUCCACGGAAGCCACAACACGGCUCAAUCGUCCACAGCUGCAAACGGGAAAUUCUUGCAGAAGACGACCGGACGCAGCAAACAAUCGACUGAGGGAGAGUAUCAGUUGAUCAAAAAUGAAGUGCUCGUCUCUCCGUAUCGCAAUCAAUAUGAAGUGCUCGAGUUUUUGGGAAAAGGCACAUUUGGACAGGUGGUGAAAGCGUGGAAAAAGGGUACGAAUGAAAUCGUGGCGAUCAAGAUCCUCAAGAAACAUCCGAGCUAUGCGCGACAAGGACAAAUCGAGGUCUCGAUUCUGUCGAGAUUGUCGAGCGAAAACGCCGAAGAGUUCAACUUUGUGCGAGCUUUUGAAUGCUUUCAGCACAAAUCGCACACAUGUCUCGUCUUCGAGAUGCUCGAGCAGAAUUUGUACGACUUCUUGAAGCAAAACAAGUUCAACCCAUUGCCACUCAACUCGAUUCGUCCCAUCGUUCAACAGGUACUGACGGCGCUAAUGAAGCUAAAGCAUCUCGGAUUGAUCCACGCGGAUUUGAAACCAGAAAACAUUAUGCUCGUCGAUCCAGCAAAUCAACCAUUCAGAGUCAAGGUGAUCGACUUCGGAUCAGCGUCACACAGAAGCAAAGCCGUGACAAACACUUAUCUCCAAAGUCGCUACUACAGAGCUCCGGAGAUCAUUCUCGGUCUUCCGUUCAAGGAGGCGAUCGAUAUGUGGUCGUUGGGUUGUGUGAUUGCUGAGCUCUUCUUGGGAUGGCCACUCUAUCCUGGAUCAAGUGAAUACGAUCAAAUCCGGUACAUCGUUCAAACACAAGGCCUCCCAUCAAUCGAAAUGCUCGAAGCGGCCGCGAAAGUGCAUCGAUUCUUCAAAGAAGUCAAGAUGCCGGGCAUCGCUCAACAAAACUAUUGGCGCUUGAAAACCGUCGAAGAGUUCGAGCAGAGCAAUGUUCACGUGAAAUCGAAAGAGACAAGGAAAUAUAUCUUCAAUUGUUUGGAUGACAUUUCAAGGCAGAUUUAUCCUCAACAAUCCGUCUACCCGGUGGAGAAUGAUCCGAUGGAAACAAUGUGCGAUCGACUCGAUCGAGCCGAAUUUGUCGACAUUUUGAAGAGGAUGCUGGUGCUGAAUCAGGAAUAUCGACUAAUGCCGUAUGAGGGUUUACAACAUCCCUUCGUUACAAUGUCUCAUCUCAGCGCUUACAGUAUCCACAAAUACGUUCGAACGGCUGUCCAACGAAUGGAGGUGACAAGAAGAAAUGGACCUGGAAACGCGUCCACCUCAGCCGCCCACACCGUCAACCCAUUGCAAAGAGCUCAAGCGGCUGCGCUCGCCGCACCGGUUGUGGCUCCGACUGCGAAUCUCGCAGCGUCAAGUCUUGCCCCAGCUCCUCCACUCGUCUCAGCCUCUCAACAAUCCGAUUUGACUCAUGUCUUGAAUCAAUAUGGAGCCGCUGUCGCUGCUGCAAGUGUCACGAAUCAGGCAACAACUGCUCCCUACUAUUAUCAACCGACUUUGGCUGCUGUUUUGCCAUAUGCUCGUCAACAGCCAUAUGUCUUCGCUCCUCAACCGGCCUCACUUGUGCCUCAAUUCGUGCCAGUGUCGAUCAUGGACCCAGCGAUUCUUGCCGCACAAGCACAAUGGCAGACUGGGCAAUCGAUGAUUGGAUGGCCAGCCGCAGCAGCUGCUGCACUUUUUCCAAAUGGAUGCCUCCCGAAUGAUUUCUUGGUUGGUGGAGGAGCGGCGGCGGUGAACUCAGCCUUGGCGGCUCGAGCGGCCAAUGGAGCAACGCAAUUCUCGCAGAUGAUCGCCGCAAGUGCACAGCCUCAACCGAAAGCUUUCCCGACGAUCACUCAUCAAAUUGCUCCCCAUCUCGCACAAGCGAGCGCAGUGGCUGGUGGAUUUGACGAGUCCGCUUGGAGUCAAAACGGUCUUCUCCUACCCGGAGCCGCUGCCGCACUUGCUCAAGCCUCUGUCGCUUCCGCUUCAACCUCAGGACAAGUGAAUCGAGCUUCGGCGAGGAUUAAAGACCCAAAUCUGAAUGGUUCCGCCGAUCCGACGCCGAUCCCGAGACCGACGGCGAGACAGGGCACGAUGAUUGACGGGAGUCCGGCCGUUUCGGUGAUCACGUUAUCCGGUGGAUCGACUGGCGACGAGGACUCUCGAGGAGCGGCUCUUUCUGGGGGAAUCUCCCAUCAUCACCAACACGGGGGAUUCCCCCAGAUCUCGAACACGGCCGACUUCUCGCAAGCGGCCGCGGUGGCCCUCGCCGCGAUGGCGUCUCAAAUCCCAUCCAGCUCGACGGCGCCUCUCCUGUCCUUUGACACACAAGCGGCCGCAGCGGCAGUUGCCGCGAGAAAGCCAUCGACGAAAUGUGCGGUGGUGAGGCCGAUGAUCGACGUGAAAAGAGAGGAGGGCGCAAUGACCACGGAUCAGAUGGCGCUUUCUGGAAUGCUGAACGCGGCGAUUUGGCAUCAA